GUUCUGGUAGCGUUGUGUUGUUUUUUUGUUGUUUACUAACCAAAACUUUUGUUUGCAUUUAACUAUUAUAUUGAAGUUUGUAUUUUUAAAAUACAUUGUACGUAGUUACCUUUUCAUUCUAUAUCAACUGCUAUGAUACGAAAUAUAAUAUAUAUGUACUUGCUGGUCGAUUAUUAAUAAUGGUUAGAAGACCUUUUUCUGUCUCUAAUAAUAGUUUGGCGUUGACUUAUUUAUUGUGUUAAAUUGAAACACUAAUGUUACAAGUUUUGGUGGUUAGUAACCACGGACGUAAAGUAAGUUGAGGGAGGAACUACGUGUGUGUUGGUGUUAGUUAUUCAUGUACUAUUUUGACAGCAUGAAACCAUGUCACUUGAAACUCGUAGCAAAGGUAGGACCUGCAAAGCUAAGAAAAAGAUACUCGUAGUUGGUUCAGAGGUCGAGAGAAAUGAGUCUGACAUCCAGGAUGGCAACGCGCUGGCGUGUGGUGGUAGCAAGGGCGGUCUUCGUAAGCGGCUGACCAGGAAAUCUAUGAAAGAAUGGGAGAAGAUGUUAGACCCGGAAGGCUGCUCGAGUGGCAGUGGCUCUGUGAUGGGGCCUCCUUCCUUGCCUGUGUCGAACCGCGGCAGCAGCUACGGGGUACUUACGCGGAGGAGGUACAAGAAGAUGAGGUCUGACGGUUCUCUCCCCACGGAACUGCACCAGGGGCUGAAGGCCUUGCACCUGUCCGGUUCCUUCGACCGCGCGAGCAUCACGAGCGACUACGGGACGGCCUCGGAGGACUCGAAGAACUCGUCGUUCCGCACGGAGCUGUCGCCGUGUCACAGCCCGGGCAACAGCUGUCACUGCCCUUCGAUGAGCGACGUGGAUAGCCUGUCGUGCGACAGUGACGGGAUAACCACGAUCCAGGAGGAGGACGAGAUGGAGUGUGAUCUGUCGACAGCUCCUUGGGACUCGGACGCGAGCGACAAUGCUGGCAAGCCUGGUGGCUUCGACUCGGAGGCCGAACUGGAGUGUUUCAGACAUUUGAGGGAAAGUAUGAAGGUUACUUACCUCAAGACUGAAGACGUGGUUGCAAUUAUUCCUACGGUAAACUCUUCGGGCUACACUGGAGACUUCAGUAUAAACAUAAAAAGUGGGGAAGGUGAAAGUUUGUACAGGCGGGGGCUGUGGUGCGGCAUGCGGGUGCACCACGUGAGCGCAGUGGUGUCCAUGGAGCCCCACGGGGUGCAGUUCCACGAGUCCUUCCCGGCGCUGAUCGUGAUCCGGCUGGCGGUGGAGCCGGCCGACGAGGCGUGGCUGGCCUGCCUCUGCAGCAACACCUCGGACCGGCAGGCCCCGCACUGGCAGCGCCUGCCCCGCAAGGACUACUGCUACAGGCACGGCAGCCUGGUGAUCAGCACCGCCCACUUCAGCCUGUUCACGGUGAUCCUGGAGGAGCCCUACCCCGAGGUGAUGCGCCGGGUGCGCUGCCGCCCGGGCGGCCGCCUCAGGCUGGACGACGUGCCGGGGGUGGAGGUGGAGUUCCCCCGGGGCUGCCUGGCCGGGGACCUGGACGCCUACGUGCGGGUGCUGUUCGACAGCGAGCCCUCCUUCGGCCGGGGGGCCGAGCCCCGGGACCUGCGGGCGCUGGCCUCGCCCAUCGUCAUGCUGGGCCCCCACGGCCACCAGUUCGACACCGCCCGCCCGCCCGUGCGCGUGACGCUGCCCGUGCCGGACUACCACCGCAUCGUGGCGCGGUUCGGCCCGCGGGCGGUGCUCCGGGUGCUGCAGAGCUCGACGCGCGAGGACGAGCCCAUGGUGUGGCAGGACAUCGGCCCGCCCAGCGUCCUGCCCGCGCCGGGGGCAGAGCCCGUGGUGUCCUUCACCGUGCACCACUUCUCCUUCUUCAAGCUGGUGUGGGACAUCCUCACCCAGUCGCUGCACGAGGCCAAGAUGGGCAUGUCGUACUUCUACCCCUACAUCUCCUUCUCCAUGAUGUGCCAGGCCUUCAUGGACGAGAACCCCCAGAACAACCGCUUCGGCCUGGAGGUGAUCUGCUACCGCUCUGACCACCACGUGCCGCAGACCACCAACUACAGGCACCGCGUGGGCGCCAGCCUGAAGCCCAAGCUGGUGCGCCCGGGCCGCAUCCAGGUGCGCCUCAAGUCGCAGAUGUUCGAGGCGGACGUGGAGGCCGGCGAGGACGAGGAGAUGGUGAAGGAGGAGACCGACUUCCGCGGCCGCGACUUCGAGAAGCAGUACGCCUGCAAGUUCAAGCAGAAUGUGUCUGUGGAGCGAGGCACCUUCGGCAAAGUGUCGGUGGACCGAGUCGUCAACACCAGCACCAAGGAUCCUCUGUUUGAGUUCAACCUGUACAAGUCGGGCCUGGAGAGUCAGACGACCACGGUGACCAACAGCGAGCGCUGGACGCACUCUGCCAUGACAGAACUGGCCAGCACACUGCAGAUCACCGAGAACAACAACUGGAAGAAGUUUGCGCAGUAUAUUGGCUUCACCAAGAAUGAGAUCAAGAGCAAGUUCCAGUACUCGUCCGACCCCUUCCUGGCCAUGAUGAACACGUACAGCGAGCGGGGCGGCACCCCGGAGGAGUUCAUCCAGGCGCUGUACGCGGCCAGCCGCGACCUGCGCCUCAAGAUGGCCAACAUCAGCGACUCGAACAGGGGCGACGGCAGCAGCCACUCGGACUCGCGCGGCUCCGACAGCCACGCGUCGUCCUCCAAGGACUCCGGCCACAGCAGCCAGAAGAAGGGCACCUACUUCUUCAUGCGCCCCUUCAGCCGGCCCGCCGACGACUCGGACUCAGACUCGCCGGAGGAGCUGCGCAAGUCGCGCAAGCGCUCCAGCACGGGCAGCGGCAACAAGAGCAGCAAGGCGGCCAAGAAGCUGAGGAUGGCCCAGCAGCAGGAGAAGCAGGACAGCGACAGCGGGGAGGGCGAGGGGGACGACGACAGCUGCCUCGGGGGACACCCCGCCCUCAGCAACGAGCGCUCCCUGGACGAGCACAGGAACAACAAGUACCGGCUGUCGGACCAGGACCUGUGGCGUGUGUCGUCCAAGUUCGUGCGCAAGGACUGGCGCAACCUGGGGCGGGCGCUGGGGCUGCCGGAGAACGUAAUGGUGGACCUGGAGCACCAGCACGCCACGGUGGGGUUCCGCGAGUGCGCGUACCAGAUGCUGCUGGCCUGGAAGGGGCGCAGCCGGCGCCAGCAGUGCACCUUCGGCACGCUGUACUCGGCCAUGCUCGCAGAGAGCAUGGGCGACCAGGCCAAGUACCUGGUGUCCGCGGUGGACACGACCGCGCCCGGCCCGGAGCAGCCGUGACGCCGUGCGAGCGCGGUUCAGCUUCCAGCUUUGGCUUGCGUUUUGACGUGCCCCGAAAACUGUUUGAGACGCAGAUGUGUCGUUGACACCCACUAUGAUCUGUUUAUCAUAUAUAUAUAUAUAUUAUGUAUAAAAUUUUCAUUUUUUAAAAUAACUCUUUAAAUCAAAUUAUUGACAAUAUAUAUUUUUUCAUGAUUAAUAUAAAAUACCUAUAAAAGCUCGGGGUAGAAUUUGUUUUCUACUGUUCAUAAAUUUUUGGUUAACAGUUGAUGUUUUUCCACUUGCUUGCUUUAUAAAUGACUUUCUUUCAUGGUUGCAUGUUGCAACGUUGGGUUCCUUGCUCAGUCUAACUGGCCUUACAAAACAAAAGACAGACUUAGGUACUUGGUUGCUAGUAUUAUGGUUAGCAGCUGUACUGUUGCAGAUUGUCCAUCUUACGUAUAGCUUGAUUCUCACUCAGCUAAGAUGUUCGAAACAUUAAGCAUUAAUUUUCUUCUUCCUGUGUCAUGCUAACAACAGUUUUAAAUCCCUCACAAAAUAUUUGUUUGUUUUGUAUAUGACCAGGUAUGUCAUACUGUUUUGAUAUAUUUAUUUUUACAGUUUUUUCUUAUUCUAGUUCUUUAUACAGUGCAUGCUGAAUUAGAAAAAUAAUUAAUUGUAGGAUAAGAAUAUAAAUAUUAUUGUAAUAAUAUGUCCUAAAUUCAGAAUACACUUUCUUCAACUACUGGCUGGUUUUUGUUUUUAAAAACCAAUAUGUACAAAUCUGAAGCACUCUAAUCUAAUGUAUGUAGCAGGUAUUCAUAUACAUAAUCUGUUAACAUCAAUGUUUUGUUUUGUGUGUAUAGUUAUUCGUUUACCAAUAGUCUACAGGUUGUUAGUUUUAUACACAGCGGCUUGUUAGGAAAAUAUUUGUGUCUGUAUGCUUAUUUAUAUUUGAGAAACCAACUGGUUUUGUCAUUCAGCAUCAUCCAUUUGUGCAAUAUGUAGUAAUUUAUUGUUGGAUCAGGCUCUUGUAGGCAGAGUUGGUCAUAUUGUGGCAAUAUCUUUGAUCGUACCUUCUCGUAGUGUGGCAACUUCAUGGCUGCCGGGCCGUCAUGAGAUGCUGUGGUGUGGGUGAGCGGUGUUUACACUGUCCUGCAGAGGAAACAUGUGUGGGGCUAGGUGGACGGGCUUCCCUCGACGGUACAGAAGACUGCAUGAGGCACAGUCUGCGUGGCUGUUCUGUGCUCAGUCACACCGCGUCACCCUCGCACAGUCUACGACCAGGCUCUAGGAUUUCGAUACCUUCUUCAUACCUUCUUCAUUUCAACAUGUCCCAGUAGCAUGGUCCGAACACGAGGGGACGUUCACAUGUUCACGCGUCACUUGGCAACUACUCUGUCGCAGUCCCACGAAUGUCAUCUCGAUGCGUACAUGAGCUGCAGUUCACCGCCGCGGUGUUUGACGUCCUCGCUUCUGGUCUCGUCAACAUUCCGAUCAUAUAAUAGCAACAUAUCAUGGUCGGGAAGGCAGGAGAGGGGGAAGUGGCUGGGUUGUUAAUGUUCUUUGCAUUCUUGAAAAAAAAAAUCCCAAGUGUAAAAGUUACUUAGACUUUUUAACCAUUAUGAUUCACAAUAAUCAUGUUUUGCAUUAGGUUUUAUGUUCAUGUUUCUGUUAAAAGUGCAUUAUUAAAUGAUCUCAUGAUUUGUUUACAUUCAAAAUAUUUUGUAAUUAAAGUUUUAUUAGUAAUUUUUAUAUAAAAUUAUUUGUAAUGUGCAUAUAUGUAUGUAAAAAUUUAGAUAUUCUGAUUAUUAUUACCUAUUUUAAUGUGCUGACAUUGUAUCUUAUGACCAUCAGUAGUCUGUCUUAUGACCAUCAGUAGCCUGUAUCAUUAUUUUAGAUCGAGGGAUGGUUUGUGCCAAAAAUGUACAUACAGUGUAUGUAUUUCAAACUUUAUUGCUAAGAUUAUUUUUAUGAAUUUUUGCUUAGUGGCAAGUGGAUAACAUGAGUGUACUUGCGGAGGCCAGCAGUGAAAGGUGUAACUUUCAGUUACAAAAUUACAACAUAAACUUGCAUUGUGUUAUUUGAAUGGCUACCACUGUAGAUUUUCUGUAAAAAUAUUGCAAGAAGUGUGUAUGAUUGUGGAAAGUUCACACUUUUUGUGUUGCCCCAAUCACACUGAGCUGAAAAUGUCUCCCAAGCAUGCCUUGUAAGGUUAGGGACAUACUUGUUUCCUGACGAUGUGUUGGCCGAGGGUUGUGAGUGCACUUGAGUCGCUGGGCUUAUCGAAGCAUGUCGUCCUGGCGUGGGCCUGCCACAAGCCGCUCCAGCGACUCUCGUAUCCAUUCCUCCAGCCCCUUGUGUGUUACACGCGUCACACGCGUCACACGCGUCACAUUGUACAUACUGUAACGUCUUUUUAUAUCUAUCGCCAUUGUUCAUGUCUUCUUGCACAGCUCUGUUUCAUGUAUAGUAUAGUAUAGUUAUCUGUUGUUUUUGUAACCUUAACACAUUUUGGAAUGUUUUCUGCCCUUGACAGCAAGUUUUUAAAAUUAAAUAUCAAGGAUAAAAAUUAUUGUAUAGUUUAAGAAAGUAAGUGAUUUUUUGUACUCUUAUAAUGUACAGGUUUUUGAAUAAAUAAUAGUUGUGUUUAUGCAAUUU